AUGGCAACCCUUCAAUCUUCAGCCUUAUUGCAAUAUUCAUCACCUAAAAUAUGCAGAGAACGCACCAUCUCAGCGAUUCUUGGUAUCCCAAAAUCAAGGACUAGUAAUAUCCCCCUCCACAAUCUCCAACAAGCUGGACCAUUGGUGAAGGAGAUGGAGUUGGCUAGAGGUUUCAUUGGCCACAAAAAAUUUACAAAGAAAAAUGAUGAAAAUGUACUAGCGGAUUCAUUAGUGAUGGCAAAGCUUUAUGCAGUGUUGGAAGCAGUUGCAGAUAGAGUGGAAAUGCAUAAGAAUAUUGGAGAGCAGCGAGACAACUGGAACAGCCUACUUUUGACGUCUAUCAAUGCAAUUACUCUUGCAGCUUCAACAAUGUCCGGUAUUGCGGCCACAACUGCGGUUAGUGCCGGCACUCCCUUGGCGGCUUUGAAGCUAUCUUCCACGAUGAUGUUUCUCGCAGCAACCGGGAUGUUGUUCAUAAUGAACAAAAUCCAACCAUCACAACUAGCAGAAGAACAGCGAAAUGCUGCAAGAUUGUUCCAGCAGCUGCAAAAGCAAAUCGAAACAACGAUAGCUAUAGGCAAACCUACAGAUGAUUAUGUAGAGGAAGCAAUGGAGAGAGUUUUGGCACUUGACAAGGCCUAUCCACUUCCUCUCCUUGGUGUCAUGCUCGACAAAUUCCCAUCUAAAGUAGACCCAGCAGUUUGGUGGCCUCAACAAGCAAAAGAGUCCGCCCACAAGACGGGUUCGAAAGCGAAUGGCUGGAACUCGAAGCUCGAGAAGGAAAUGAGAUCGAUUGUGGAGGUUAUAAGGAGAAGAGAUAAAGCAGACUAUUUGAGCUUGGGUGGAAAAGCCUUGAAGCUGAACAAAUUGUUAGCCAUAGGGGGUCCUUUAUUAACAGGGCUAGCAGCCGUCGGCUCUGCUUUUGUGGGUUCUUCUUCUCAAAUUGGUUUCUUGGCAGCCAUGCUUGGAGUUGUGGGCGGUUCAUUGGCAAGCAUUGUAAACACGUUAGAGCAUGGAGUACAAGUUGGAAUGGUGUUUGAGAUGUACAGGAGCAAUGCCGGUUUCUUUAAACUCAUGGAAGAAUCUAUAGAGUCUAACUUGAUGGAGAGACGGGAACAUGGUGAAUUGUUUGAGAUGAAGGUGGCAUUGCAAUUAGGGAGGAGCGUAUCAGAGCUGAGAGAUCUCGCAGCUUCUCCAGAAAACAAAGAAGAAGGUGCUAAGGAGGAGUUUGCAAGCAAACUUUUCUGA